AUGCCCCAAUCACAACACAGUCAACGCUCACUCUUCUCUCUAAGUACUUUUGUUACCACUACUAAGAAGACCCAGAAAAGACAACCUUCCGGCACCAUGGAACAGUACAUCUACGACACAGACAACAUCCCAGAUCAUCUCAUACAAGGAAUCUCUCCCUUGAAAGACGAACGCAUCUUGAAAGCUCAGAAAGCAAUUGCGAAGGUGGACAAGGUUUUCAAGGAGUGCAAUGAUGUUGCGAAUUGA